GGCUGUGGCCUUGCCCCCGCCGCUGCGGCCAUGCACCUAUGGCGUUUCUGAGGUGACCGGCUGCUGGCACCAACUCUCUCUGAGGGCGGGGGCAUCAUCCAUGAACCCUUCGGCGACCUUAUACCGGCGCCAGAACAUCGGAUCAGAAGUUGAGAAUUCCACUAUUGAGAAACAGCGGAAGGAGCUUCAGUUGCUCAUUGGAGAAUUGAAAGAUCGAGAUAAAGAGCUCAAUGACAUGGUUGCCGUGCAUCAGAGACAGCUCCUUUCAUGGGAAGAGGAUCGGCAGAAAGUGUUGACUUUGGAGGAACGCUGCAGCAAAUUAGAAGGUGAGCUGCAUAAAAGAACUGACAUAAUCAAGUCACUCAUGAAGAAGGUCAAAACCCUUGAAUCUAAUCAAACAGAAUGUCAGACAGCUCUUCAGAAGACUCAGCAUCAGCUUCAGGAAAUGGCUCAAAAGGCUACACAUUCUGCCCUCCUCUCAGAAGACCUUGAGGCUAGAAAUGAAAAUCUCAGCAGCACGUUAGUGGACCUUUCUGCUCAGGUAGGACAAUUGCAAGCUAGAGAACAGGCUCUCACUACCAUGAUAAAGCUAAAGGACAAAGAUAUUAUUGAGGCAGUCAAUCACAUCUCAGACUGUUCGGGUAAAUUUAAAUUGUUAGAGCAUGCUUUACGUGAUGCUAAGAUGACAGAGACUUGUGUUGUGAAAGAAAAGCAAGAUUAUAAGCAGAAAUUGAAAGCACUUAGGAUUGAAGUCAAUAAACUGAAAGAGGAUCUAAAUGAGAAGACAACAGAAAACAACGAACAACGAGAGGAGAUCAUUCGGCUCAAGCAAGAGAAAAGUUGUCUGCACGAUGAAUUAAUUUUUACUGUAGAGAGAGAAAAGAGGAAAGAUGAAUUACUUGAUAUUGCAAAGUCAAAGCAAGAUCGUACAAAUUCAGAGCUGCACAAUCUGAGACAGAUUUAUGUAAAACAGCAGAGUGACCUGCAGUUUCUUAAUUUCAAUGUAGAAAAUUCUCAGGAAUUAAUGCAGAUACAUGGCUUAAGGAUGGAGGAACCAAAGGCCCUGGAGUGCAGCAGAGACAUGUGUUUAUCAGACCUUGACAAUAACUACCCAAAAAUCGAUAUUAAAAGAGAGAGAAAUCAGAAGUCAUUGGUUAAGGAUCAAAAGUUUGAGGUCACGUUGGCUCAGCACAAUAGGUCAGACAAGAGCUCUUGUGAUGCAUGCAGAGAGAAGAAGCUACAGGUUAAUACUGCAUUCGGGGAAAAAAGUGUAAUUGGUCUCUCAUCUCUAUUUACCAAAGACUUACUGGAGAAACAAAAGUCUUGGUCUCUGGGUGGAAAAAUCCAGACUGAACCGGAAAACAAAGUUACACUAUGCAAGGUUCAUGCAAAAUCACCAAAAUGCAAUGGAGUGGACCUUCAGAUGGAAGAGAAGCAGCUCUCAGAGACCUCCGCCUCCCUGUCUGAUGAGAAGCAGUGGCAUGACAUCAACGUCUACCUGGGCCUCUCCAACUGCUCAAAACAGCCAGACAAGCUGGACGGGGACUGCCACGACCCCACAGAAACAUCUGAAGUCUCAUACUGCACCCAAAAUGAAGUCUGUAUAGGUGACAGUGACCCGUCUGAGUCCAAGUGCUGCCACCCAAGUAACAUCAUCAUUGAAGCCCCAGGACAUAUGACCGAUACAGAGUGGAUGAAUAUUUUCAAGCCUUCCAAAGCGCAAAGGAUUGUUCGCCACAAAACCUUGUGUACCUGUUCAAGAAGUGUCAGCGCAAUGAAGUAUAAUUUCCCAGCAAGUGAGCUCAUUGGCAUCCAACCUUCCCAAUGUUUGGGUUCCUUAAAGUCUGCUGAAAGAGAAGAUGAGUUAGAGGCCCUUCCUGACAAAAGACCCUCAUCCAAUGAAAAGGAUGACUUUUCUCCUACAAGUAAGCUCCAGCGCCUGCUGGCUGAGUCUCGGCAGAUGGUCACGGAUCUGGAGCUGAGCACACUGCUGCCCAUCAGCUGUGAUAGUCUCAACAGAAGUAAGUCUCAGAAGAGCCAAAUGAAAAAACCACCUUUGUCAGUCAUUGAAAGAGACAAAGUCAACUUGGACAUUGACUGUGGUCAUGCAAACAAGAUUCUCUUUGGAAGGCAGAAAGUGGAUACCAUACAGUCACCUGACGAUAAAGAGGACUGUGAUCCCCACAUAACCAGCCGUUAAUGCGAAGGCGGGGAGACACUCAAGUUUACUUCUUAAAGCAUCUAUGUUUUGUUUUUGAUGAAUCAUUUUUUUUUGUGUAAAAAGUAAUUUUCAUGCCUAAAAAAACGAGGCCUUACUCUACACACACUUUUGGAAAUACGCUAAAAGGAAAAGGCAAAAACCAAACUGUCAAGAUGCAGGAAUCUUUUAACAGCAUCCUGGGAGUAUCCAACACCCUGUGUGUAAAACUCACUUCAGCUGUCAGCCUCCUUAAAGUCUGUGUGUAUCCACGUUAUAACUGUAAUUUCCCGAGAGUCAGCUUCCUGUGUGUGUUCUUCUUCUCUUCUGGUUUUAGUGUUGGACUUUGCUGUAGUGAUGGACAUGAGAUAAGGUGGUGUAAAGUUUGUAACAGGACACUAUUAGCUUGGGUGCUAGCAGUUAAGGCCCGCCUGUCCUCAGGCGACAGCUGUAUCUUGCCUGGCUCUGUAGAAGACAGUUCACUUACACAGGACAGCGCUUGCUGGAAGAUCAAGUUUUGUAUGGAUUUUAAAGAAAAUAUUGAAGACUAAAAAUUCUAUUUUACUUGUAAUUUAAUUUUUUAAAAAGAUUAUACCAUUUGCCUUUGUCCUUUCUACCAGAAUUGACCAGCUUCAUUCAAUAAAAAUAUUUUUAAUAAUAAAAAAUAUUUUAUUUGGUUUCCUUUUACUAUACAGGACUAAAACAAGGUAUGUAUGUAUGUAUGUAUGUAUGUAUGUAUGUACAUACGUACGUAUUUAAUCAAUCUUUUUGACUUUCCAGACAGGGUUUCUCUGUGUAGCCCUGGCUGUCCUGGAACUAGCUCUGUAGACCAGGCUGGCCUGAAACUCACAGAAAUCUGCUUGCUUCUGUCUCCUGAGUGAGUGCUGGGAUCAAAGGCGUGUACCACCACCGCCAGGCUAAGAGGAACUUUAAGUGCAGCCUAGCAAGUGGACGUCUCUUAAGCACUGCAGAUGAAGGUUGUAUUGUGCUGGGUCAAUGCCCCUUUGUUAGAGGCAUCAGGGUUUAUUCCCGGAUGAUUUUCAUGAUGGGGGUGGGGAAGGCUUUUGAGCUCUGAGCUCACCUGUGUAGUAAGGGUGCUGAAAAGAAACUGGG